AACAAUGAUUACUGAUGUGUGCGAGAAAACGUCCUCCGCUUAUUUUACUUUAGUCGUGUGCGUGUUAUCAAGUGGUAAACGUGUUCCAUUAUUUUCGUUAAGCUGUUGAGGAUAAGUGAAUCUAAAUUUUGUUAUCUAUAUAAUUGAAACCAAAGUUUAUUCUACAUAGAUUAUUUUAUUUUCAGUGAUUUAGAUAGUCUGGGAAAAGAACUUGCUGGUGCCUGUGUGUAACCUGAUGGUGGCGAUAGGAACUCCUGAAAUAAAGAAGAUAGCAGCGUGAUAUUUGGGCUCGUUGGACUUUUUUAUGUAUAAAAAAACCACUUAAAACUCUUUCUCAAAAGAUUUAACCAUGAAAGGUAAACAGCUCAAUCGAGCUAUCAUAACGAUAAGCUUAUUAGGCGUGCUGCUGUCGACAUACGCCCUGUACGUAGAACUUCUUGCUGAGUUGAGGCCUGGUUACAAGGCUAUGUGCGAUAUAUCGGAGCAUGCGAGCUGCUCCAGGGUACUUACCUCCAAGUACGCGAAGGGCUUGGGUCUCGUGCCCGAGGGCUCCCCCUUCAAAGUGCCGAAUUGUGUGUACGGGAUUAUCUUCUACUGCAUCAUUAUAUUCUUGACUACAUAUGACCAUGUACAGGUGGUGCAAAUACAGCUCGGUAUUUCUGCAGCAUCCCUUUUAAUCUGUGUUUAUCUGGCUUACCUGUUAAUCUUCGUACUGCAAGACUUCUGCUUAGUUUGCGUCACUACCUAUGUUCUCAAUAUUGCAAAUACCGUCCUGUUGAAAAACAAGUAUUCUCUUUUAACUACGAAAAAUAAAUAAACCGUUUCAAAUGUGUCAAACAUGUCUAAAAUUGAUAAUAAUACUUAAAAAAGCUUCUGUACAAUUCUUUUAAAUAUUGGUGUUCUUAGCGUCGUACGCCAUCUGCUGUUGAUGAUACAAAUUAUUUGAAAAGUGCCAUCUAGUGUCGAA